AUGACACAAUUAUACAGGAAGUACAUGAGAUUAUUGGACAAAUGGCCAUUAGACAAAACUAAAGUAGAAGGAGAAAACAGUAAAUUACAAAACCAAGAGUUAUGUGAGCAAAACUAUCAGAGUCUAGAUAAAAUAGCAUCAAAUUAUUAUGCUAAAAAGUAUCCACAUAAUUUUAAGAAAACUUCAACUGGACUGUCGCAAGAAUUAUGUUCAUUAGCUAUGAACCAUGAAGUUCAAAAAGCAUUACAAUUAGAAUUAGAAAAUUCAGGAUUUUUUAGUAAAGUUAAGAAUUCAGUGAAGCAUAUUGUUAAUAAAUAUCGAGAUCAAUAA